AUGGCUACAGUCGUUCCUAACCUUUGUUCCAUGUCUUCACAUCAUGAUCGUCGUCUUUUUUCCACUUCUUGGUAUAACAUUGUAUCCAUCCUACUUCGACCAUCACCAUAUACUACAGGAGGUAGUAGCUCGAAACUAAUACGUACUGUUCUUACUUCACUAAGCUCACAUCUCCAUCGACUAAUAUAUCUCCGCCACCUACGCCUGUUUUCAGUUUCAAUACAUCAUUUAGGAAAUCCAACCACUCGUGAAUUCUGUUACGAAGAAGAUUGUGAUCAGAAACACGUAACCUCAUAUCUUCCACAUUCAGAUAUGACGCUACAACUAUGGAGUACAGCAGUGACUGUUGAGCAGUGUCGCUUCUCCCACUUUCAUGGGUAG